CGGCAGUCGCGUCCCCACUGCAUUUGUACAGGCUCUGCUCUGCCGCACAUUUGUACAGGCCCUGCCGCACAUUUGUACAGGCUCUGCUGCACAUUUGUACAGGCUCUGCCGCACAUUUGUACAGGCCCUGCCGCACAUUUGUACAGGCCCUGCCGCACAUUUGUACAGGCUCUGCUCUGCCGCACAUUUGUACAGGCUCUGCUCUGCCGCACAUUUGUACAGGCUCUGCCGCACAUUUGUACAGGCUCUGCCGCACAUUUGUACAGGCUCUGCCGCACAUUUGUACAGGCCCUGCCGCACAUUUGUACAGGCCCUGCCGCACAUUUGUACAGGCUCUGCCGCACAUUUGUACAGGCUCUGCCGCACAUUUGUACAGGCUCUGCCGCACAUUUGUACAGGCCCUGCCGCACAUUUGUACAGGCUCUGCCGCACAUUUGUACAGGCCCUGCCGCACAUUUGUACAGGCUCUGCCGCACAUUUGUACAGGCCCUGCCGCACAUUUGUACAGGCUCUGCCGCACAUUUGUACAGGCUCUGCCGCACAUUUGUACAGGCUCUGUCCUGA